AUGUCCCACAACACCGCACAGUCAGCUCCAGGUCUCAACAAGCGAUCUCAAAUACUAAGCGGUGUUAACAUAAUAACAAAGAAAUCCGACAUUAUCAACCUAUCGUCGUUGUCAUUUUUAUUCUGCGAGAUUGUUGAUUGGGCAAGAAAACAAUCCAAAAACAUACUGGAUCUUGAGAACAGGUUGAAUGGGUUGGGGUACCCUAUAGGACAGCGAUAUCUUGAGCUCGUCAAGAUCAAAGAAGGAUUCAAGUUUAACAAACGAGAGAUUAAAAUCAUUGGCAUUUUACAAUUCAUCCAUGGACCAUUUUGGAAGAGUGUAUUUGGCAAAGUGGCGAACGAAUUGGAGAAAUCGCAAAACAUCGCCAACGAGUAUAUGAUUAUUGAGAAUGUGCCGAUGUUGAACCGGUUUAUUAGUGUGCCGAGUGAUUAUGGAGAUUUGAAUUGUUCGGCAUUUGUUGCGGGUAUUAUUGAGGGGGCUUUGGAUAGUUGUGGGUUCAAUGCGACGGUAACGGCACAUAAUGCCGAGUCGGAGCAGAGUCCGCUAAGGACAAUAUUUUUGAUAAAGUUUGAUGAACUGGUCAUGAGAAGGGAGAGUUUACGAUCGUAG